CAUCAACCCGCGGAUACCCACCGGGUUGGGUUGGGUUUGAGUUUUUCAAACCCAGCGGGUUUUACCCCGGGUUUUUUUGACGGACAAACCCAUGGGUUUGGGUUCGGGUUUGGCAAAACCCGCCCCAACCCGACCCAUUGCCAUCCCUACUCUUCAGUGAGAUCUCCACCUAUCGCUUACAUACCCAUAUUCCAAAAUAGAAAACAUACAAACCCAUCAUCAUAUUGAUCAUUGGAGAUCACCUCACUACGCUAAAUAUCAAACCCAGGUUCUCCCCAUAUUUCUUAACAGAUUUGAUGUUAAUUGUGGCAAAUGGAAGGAAGGGCUUAGCGCUAACUAUACCCGCUUAAUUAUUAGGACAUAUACCCCCUCUCUCUAUUUUUAUCACAUACAUUAUAUAUAUAGCGAUCCCAAACAAAAGUCGCUUGGGGAGGAGUGACGACGCGUCGACGCCGGUCAUUAGGACAGAGAACGGAUGGUGGAGGAGGCGAACAGUCAUCUGGAAAAAAGCCGACAGGGUUGGAGGGAAGACGGCGGUCAGGACAGAGGAGUCCGACGGUAGGACAGAGGAGGGUCGAUUGGAGCCCUCUCAGUUGGCGGCGGGAAUUAUUAUUAGCAGAUUUUCGGCGACGGAGGUGGCUUGAAGGGCGCUCUCGUUGGAAGAAGAUGGAGGCGGAUUAUAGAGAAAUGGAUUUUGGGUUGUUUGUUUUGUCAUUGUUAUUUACAAUUGAGUAAUUUUAUAUUUUAAAUUAGUGCGAUAAUAGUAAAGUUAGGGCGAGGUUUAGCCAUUCAGUAAAUGGGGGUUCUGUUUUUUGCUUCAGCGUAUUAUAGUAUGUGUUGAUUGGAAGUUUUUCUCAUCAUUAUUUUUCUAACUAAAAUUGGGAUUUGGAAACUGGGAAACCAUUAUGGUCCGGUCCGCUGGUUCUUCCAAAUCCCUAGCCGUCGCCGCUCACUCUUCCAACCAGUGAGAUCGCGGCCGCCGCUCACUCCUUCUCCCAAGAUAUCGAUGCCGACUCCUUCGCCCAAGAGAUCGCCACCGACUCUUUCGAGUCCGCCGGGAACUGCGUUCCGUGAAGCCAAAAAUGGACUCGAGAAAGAUCCUCAGGUGCUGUGGAGGAGGAAUCACAGUGGCGACGAUUUGAAAUUGAAGUCGCUGAACUUUUGGAAAUCAAGCAGAUAGGCACCUCUCAUCUCCGAUUCAGUCUCCACUCAUCAUGCGAUGCUCGCCAGGCAGCUCAACGACCGCGUCAGGAAGGCAUUCAGUGUUCAGUUGAUUGAUUACUCGUGCUGCGAUGUUCGGAAUCGCAGGUGACUUUCUCAUCCAUUGGAAGUUAACUGUUCGAGUUUCUUGGUUAUUGUCAUUUUUCUGGUGUGGUUUGGUCAGUUUGUCAAUUUGCAAUUCCAUUUGCGUUCUACAAGGUCGGGGUUGGUGGCGAGGACUCCAGCGACGGAGGUGGAAGCGGGGGAUUGGUGAACAAUAUAGUGAAGGGACCUUGGUCGCGGGAGGAAGAUGCGUUGCUAGCUAAACUGGUGAGCAAGUUCGAGCGAGGAAUUGGAGCUUGAUCGCUCGGGGAAUUCCAUGUCGGUCCGGUAAAUCUUGUAGGCUUAGAUCGUUGUUUGAAACGCAAGCCUUUGACUGGUAAGCUUUUACGGCUCUUAAAUCUCUCCAGCGCUCUCGCUCUCUGUCUCUGCCUUGCAUUUUCCAUCUGGAGGGGAUUUCGGUUGUCUCCAAGGGUUUUUUUGUUCGAUAUCCAUUUUGCUAGCGUUUCUUGACUGGGAGAAUUUGCUUCGGGGUGUUGAACUGCCUGAUUGUCUUAGUUUGCAUCUUUGCUUCUUGGAAGUGAUUAUGGAUCACGAUGGUUUGAAGAUCAUUCAAGGUUGUUCAAAUGGAUUUCUCAGUAGCUUUGAUGCCGAGGAUGAGUUUGUUUUAGGGAGACAUGCUGUCAACAAGUUUCAUGAAGAACAAACUGCCCAAGAAGCAAUAGCAGCUGAAGAAGAAGGAGAAGGUGAGAAGGAGGACGAAGGACAAGUUGGGCAGAUGUCAAAGUAUGACGAUGAUCUCAUCAUUUGAAGGGUAUUUUGACUCUCCUUUUCCCCCCCUGCUCCUUCAUGUGCUUGCGUUAUUGAUAUGGUUUCAGUCUUGUUUCUCUAAUUUAGCUUGUUUUGCUGCUCUGGGUAGUGAGAAGUCACUGCCUUUGUCGGAGUUUACAUUCGGUUGCUUGGUAAUCAACAUGUUACAGACUUUCCGAUGAGUUUUUUGACAGCUUCUGUACUGCAGUUUGGAUGUUGUACUUGGCCAGUUGAAGUCGAGUUCAUUUGGUAAGUAUCUGUAUCAUCCAUAUGCAUGCCUCAUAAAAAGAAGGAAUUAGAAGCAUUAACAGUUUUAGGGGAAGAAACAUGAUAAUCUAUCUAAUGACAUGUACUUAUGUAGACUAGAUGCUGCAACUAAUGGUGUUUUAGGGGAGGAAACAGAUCAAGUUACCUGCAGACUGCUUGUCUAUGGCGCUUGGUCUCGUGGAUGACACAAUUAAUGCAUCAGCACUCCUCGUGAUGUUGAUGGUGUCAUCGAAGAUAACAGGUAUUUAUGCCCAGGAUACAUAUAUUGCUUAGAUUUAGGUUUUACUAGCUACUAAGAGAGGACUUGUGUUGAUUCUACGCAUCCUACACGAGUGAACUUCGGUGACUUUAUGAAAUAUGCAGGGUGAACAUAGUGGAGAGAACACGAGAGAUGUCUUGGUUGACAUCGAUAGAAGGCUUGUCCUAUAGCAAAACACGAAGCUUGUUUUGGUUCCAGAAUGAUUUUGAGAGGUAAUUUCACUUUUGUCCUGUGAAAUCCUUGUCUAUUAGACUGGGCACAAUCUUUAGCAGUCCUUUGUUGUUUACUUUGAAGUUUAACCAUUUCCACCUAAUGCUGCUAUUGUUAGAGCUCUCAUUUGCUUUCACUUAUGAGUUUUAUCAGUGGACUUAACGACUCUGCCUUUUGUUUUGAUGUUAAUAGGUAAUCUUGGUUUGUUAUGCUUCCGUGAAGCAGAAGGUAUAACCUUAACUGGUAGUUGUGAAGGUAAGUUCCUCUCCAUUAACAUUAUGGCAUACCUCUUAUGUAAUGUAUGAGUUAGAUUAGAUCAUAUGCCCAGAUCUGACCGUGCUUUUAGUACACCCAACUAGUGAUUGUAUAUGGAUUACCCAAGUGGAACUGGUUAAAGUGUUAUUCCCAUUGGCUUAGCCUCUAGGAUAUAAACUGAAUUUAUCUAAAUUUCAAAACAUAAGCCAAAUUGAAGUGCAGCAGCAGAGGCUCUUUGUUAGUUUUCAAAUUAUUAGGUUUAGGUACACUCCAGUGGGGAUUCUCAUGAGUUUUUGGUUGUUUUGCAGUAUGGGGUUGUUGUGCAUCUGAUCAACAUGGCUAAAGCGCACAAGAUGGAGUUACAGAUCUUAUUGUUAUCAUUUAUCAAUAGAAUGACACAUUUUGGGUCAAUGUAACAAAUUGUUCAAAAUAAUUCCUUUUGACAAAUGUAAAUUAAUGUUAUGAUAUCAAUAUAUUGAUGCAUUAUGCUCUUUUUCAAACCAAAAUCAAUGGUCACAUUUACUGCAGUAUAUCAGCUGUAGAGCAUAUAGUAUCCAUAAAUCUCGGUUGGAAAUGGUUACUUUGUGACCAAUAUAAUAUUGCUUCAGAACACGGAAAUUGGCUACAAAAUAUUUUUAACGACCAAAUAAAUGGUCACAAUUAGAACAUAUGGUAACCAUAAAUUAAUGGUUGUGACAGGAGUUUCAUAACUAAUACUUUUGGUUACUUAAGGUGAUUAAAUUAGUUUUGAAUCA